GAAUGCGUCAAAAGACAGGUUUUUAUUUUUUAUUUAUUAAUUUCAACGUUCAUUUCUUCCAUCGCCCCUUCGGCCUUCACUGUCGUCUGUCGCCCGUAAGCCUCUUACCUUCUGUCGACAGUUCUGCGUCGUCAUACGGAAUUCUUCUUGACCUACGACAGGGCGAGAUUGCCAGUUGAUCGAUUUCUUCUUCUCCUUUUUCUCCAGAACCAGGUAUCUCGAAGCCCUAAUUUUCUGAGCAUCUCUCUUUCGCUGCCUUAUUAAUCUCAAAAUCAUGGUGUUCGUCUGUUUAUUCAACAACAAAACCCUAGCUCUUGAUCUAAACCCCAAGACCACAACCCUAAAAACCCUAAAACUCGCAAUCCAAGACCGUACUGGAGUACCCUUGUCCGUCCAGCGUCUCUUCCUCUGUGCACAGCGGCUACUCCCCCAAAAUGACGAUUUCAUUUCCAUCGCCAAUCUGGGUGUUACCCAAAGUUCAACCCUAACCCUCCACAUCCCUCUCUCUGGGGGCUCACAGGCGCCGGGGGUCCCCAAAAGCCGGCUUGAAUUUUUGAACACUAAGCCCCCACCCAAUUACGUUGCUGGGCUUGGGCGUGGCGCCACUGGUUUCACCACCAGGUCUGAUAUCGGUCCUGCAAGGGCUGCGCCGGACCUUCCUGAUCGGUCUGCUACUACAAUUGGCGGGGCGGCGCCGGCUGGUGUUGGCCGUGGUCGGGGUAAGGGCGUCAGUGAGGAAGAGGAUGAAGACGAUGGGGAUGAUAAAGGGUAUGAUGAGAACCAGAAGUUUGAUGAGUUUGAAGGGAAUGAUGUUGGUUUGUUUGCAUCGAUGGAGUAUGAUGAGGAUGAUAAGGAGGCAGAUGCAGUGUGGGAGGAGAUUGAUAAGAAGAUGGAUUCAAGGAGGAAGGACCGUAGGGAGGCAAGGUUGAAGGAAGAGAUUGAGAAGUAUCGUGCAUCAAACCCAAAGAUUACAGAGCAGUUUGCAGAUUUGAAAAGGAAGUUGUAUGCAUUGUCGGCUCAUGAAUGGGAUAGCAUUCCAGAAAUUGGGGAUUAUUCAUUACGGAAUAAGAAGAAGAGGUUUGAGAGUUUUGUGCCUGUACCAGACACGCUUUUAGAGAAGGCUAGACAGGAACAAGAGCAUGUUACGGCGCUGGAUCCAAAGAGUAGGGCUGCAGGUGGGACAGAGACUCCAUGGGCUCAAACCCCAGUUACAGAUUUGACUGCCGUGGGUGAGGGCCGAGGAACGGUUUUGUCGUUGAAAUUGGAUAGACUUUCUGACUCGGUUUCAGGUUUAACUGUUGUUGAUCCAAAGGGGUAUCUUACUGAUCUUAAGAGUAUGAAAAUUACAAGUGAUGCAGAGAUUUCAGAUAUUAAGAAGGCUAGGUUGUUGCUUAAAUCUGUUACCCAGACAAACCCAAAACACCCACCUGGUUGGAUAGCUGCUGCAAGGUUGGAGGAGGUUGCCGGUAAGAUUCAGGCAGCCAGGCAAUUGAUACAGAAAGGUUGCGAGGAGUGUCCAAAGAACGAGGAUGUGUGGUUGGAGGCAUGUCGGUUGGCUAGUCCUGAUGAAGCCAAGGCUGUGAUUGCUAAGGGAGUGAAGGCAAUUCCCAACUCGGUGAAGUUGUGGAUGCAAGCUGCGAAGCUAGAACAGGAUGAUGUGAAUAAGAGCAGGGUCCUGAGGAAAGGGCUUGAACAUAUACCUGAUUCUGUGAGGCUGUGGAAGGCUGUUGUUGAGCUUGCAAAUGAGGAGGAUGCUCGGUUGUUGCUUCAGAGGGCUGUUGAAUGCUGUCCGCUGCAUGUAGAGUUGUGGCUUGCUCUUGCAAGGUUGGAAACUUAUGAUAGUGCUAAGAAGGUCCUUAACAAGGCCAGGGAGAAGCUUUCUAAGGAGCCUGCUAUCUGGAUUACUGCUGCAAAAUUGGAAGAAGCUAAUGGGAAUACUGCUGCAGUUGGGAAGAUAAUAGAGAGAGGUAUUAGGGCCCUGCAGAGAGAAGGGUUGGUGAUUGAUAGAGAAGCUUGGAUGAAGGAGGCUGAGGCUGCUGAACGAGCUGGGUCUGUUGCAACUUGCCAGGCUAUAAUUCGUAACACCAUUGGUAUUGGGGUGGAGGAGGAAGAUAGGAAGAGGACAUGGGUUGCUGAUGCGGAGGAGUGUAAGAAAAGGGGAUCCAUUGAGACAGCCAGAGCAAUCUAUGCACAUGCACUAACAGUUUUCUUGACCAAGAAAAGUAUAUGGAUCAAAGCAGCGCAGCUUGAGAAGAGUCACGGGACAAGGGAGUCUCUUGAUGCUCUCCUUCGUAAAGCAGUCACUUAUCGGCCACAGGCUGAAGUGCUAUGGUUGAUGGGUGCCAAAGAGAAGUGGCUUGCUGGAGAUGUGCCUGCUGCUCGAAGAAUUCUUCAAGAAGCUUAUGCUUCAAUUCCAAACUCUGAAGAGAUUUGGCUUGCAGCAUUCAAGCUUGAGUUUGAGAAUCAUGAACCUGAGAGGGCAAGAAUGCUACUUGCUAAGGCCCGAGAAAGGGGCGGCACGGAAAGAGUAUGGAUGAAAUCAGCCAUUGUUGAGAGAGAAUUGUGUAACACUGAGGAGGAAAGGAGGUUGCUUGUUGAAGGGCUGAAGCAGUUCCCUUCAUUCUUCAAAUUGUGGUUGAUGCUUGGGCAGCUGGAGGAACGACUUCAUCAGUUGGAGCAAGCCAAGGAAGCCUAUGAGACAGGCCUAAAACAUUGUCCUAACUGUAUUCCCUUGUGGCUUUCACUUGCCAACCUUGAAGAGAAGAUGAAUGGACUGAGUAAGGCUCGAGCAGUUCUCACUAUGGCUAGGAAGAAGAAUCCUCAGAAUCCUGAACUCUGGCUUGCUGCAGUUAGAGCUGAAUCAAGGCAUGGAAACAAGAAAGAAGCUGAUAUACUGAUGGCGAAGGCAUUGCAGGAGUGCCAGACUAGCGGUAUUUUAUGGGCAGCUUCAAUUGAGAUGGUUCCCCGUCCUCAACGUAAAACCAAGAGCAUGGAUGCUCUCAAAAAAUGUGAUCAUGAUCCACAUGUUAUUGCUGCUGUGGCGAAGUUAUUCUGGAAUGACAGAAAGGUGGACAAGGCCAGGUCUUGGCUCAACAGGGCUGUCACUCUUGCUCCUGAUGUUGGGGAUUUCUGGGCUUUAUAUUACAAAUUUGAACUUCAGCAUGGAACUGAGGACAGCCAGAAGGAUGUACUGAAGAGAUGCAUUAGUGCAGAACCAAAACAUGGUGAGAAAUGGCAAGCUAUUUCCAAGGCUGUGGAAAACUCCCACCAGCCAAUUGAAUCCAUUUUGAAGAAAGUAGUGGUUGCACUGGGGAAGGACGAGAAUGCUGCUGAAGACAAACACUAGUUCCUGGAAAGCUUAAGAAUUUUGUAAGGCAGAAUAUAUACUAUGUAUUGCCCUGAAUUCUGUAGAAUGGCAGAAAAGCCUUCAUAGACAUAUUGUUUGACUUGCUAUACUGUAAACAUUGAUUUGUCUCUGGCAUUGACAGCAGAUUAGUUCUCUCUGGAUCUGCAUUUUCCCA